ACAUGACUAUUGCUUUAACCAUCGGAGGAAACGUGUUCUCAGGUCUAUCCGGAUCAAAGAACAACAAAAGAAAGAUGCUGAACAGAACAAGAGUCGUUUGUUCUUCAUCUUCUAUGAUGGAUCCCUACAAAACACUUAGGAUCCGACCCGAUUCAUCUGAAUACGAGGUCAAGCAAGCUUUCAGACAACUCGCCAAAAAGUAUCAUCCUGAUGUGUGUAGAGGAAGCAACUGUGGGGUACAGUUUCAGACAAUCAACGAAGCUUACGAUAUUGUGUUGAAGCAAAUAAAGAAUCAGAUGGAGGGAACAGAGGAGUUUCAGCCAUUCGAUGUCUACGACGACGGGUUCAACGGAAUGAAUGAUCCAGAUUGUGACACGUGGGAGGAAUGGAUGGGGUGGGAAGGUGCAGGAACCAGAGACUACUCUUCUCACGUGAAUCCUUACGCUUUUGAAGCUUGAAGAAGAAGAAGGAAUGAUUCGAAAUGCACAUAAAAUAACAUCCGAGACUGAUGUGUAAAUAGGUCUCGUGAAUGGUAACUUAGAACAUGUAAAUAAAAAGUGAUUUCUCCAAUCACUCUUUAAAGCUUAAUCUGCAAAUAAUAAUACCACUAUUAGACUUCUAAUUUUUUUUCUAACUUUUAGCACUGUCAAGGGUCAAGUUCUAUGCUUUCUGUUAUAUGAUUCAAAUGUUAGACCAAAUCAUCAUU